AUGUACGACUAUCCACUAACCGCAACAUCCUCGACACCUCCCUCGCCCCAAUACCCGCGAAAGCACCACCGCAGGCGAUCACAAUCCCCCCUCCCCCAUCUGGCCACCCUCCUCCCAACUCACCAGCACGAGUACUCGCCAUCCUCUCGCGCCGCGGAUAUCUCGCGUCUUCUCGACCCCGCGUACGCGAGCAGCUCAACCUCAUCUUCCUCGGUCAGCGCGUCGCCCGCGUCACCACAGACACGCGUGUAUGUCGACCAUCACGGUGAGAUCCACGACCCCGACUACCGCGACUUCCCCGUCCUCCGCCCCACCGCGCUCUCCAGCUACCCUGGAAAGCACCGUCGACCAAGCGCGAGUUCCGCAGCGCGUUCCCGCAGCCACGAUCGCUAUCUGGCCGCGCUCCAGCCACAGCGGCCGAGUUGGGAGCGCGAUUGGGGCACAGAGGUCGACGAUUCCGACGAGGAUGAUGACAACGUAGAGGGUGAGAGCCAGUCUCACUUCAGCCCCUUCGCAUCACACCACGGCACCCCGCGGAGGAACACGUCGCAGAGCGCGUUCGCGUUCAGCUCCUCGUACCCAUCGAGCUACUACUACUUCACCGAGAAGGCGCCUGCAACGAGCCCCCCGGACUCGUAUGAGGGCGAAUUCUCUAACGCGCUCCAGCUCCACGAGUCACCGUUCGAAGACGAUGCUGGCGAGGUCAUCGAGGAGUCGCGGAAGACGGCCUCUUUGAUUAGGAAGGUGUCGAAGCCAAAGAAGUCGGCCACGUUGGAGGUGCAGCCCGAGAAGGACGAGGAGGACGAGUCUUCUCCCGCGCUCCGUCCAUUAGAUGAAGAGGGUGACGAAGACGAGCACGCGUCAACGCCGACGUGCACGCAUCUCCUGCGCCAGCAGUGGCAGGCGAUAUCCCUCCGUGUCCGCUUUGGCGUAUAUCACGCUAAGCGGAAAAUACUCCCGCGUCAACGACGCGCAUAGAACAACAGCUUCACGUCUGGUCUUGUUUCUGUUCACUUGGAUCACCCCUCAGCGCAAAGGCCCCCACGACGGGAGUCCUGGUCGACUCGGUGCGCGUGUGCGCGGACACAGGUCGAUAUGCGCGGUCUCUUCGGUUCCCGCAGAUCUGUAUGUCCUCUUCCCUCGUGCACGGAGCGCAGUGGUCACGCCUACCGAACCGUGGAAAAGCGAUUCCGCAUCGACCCGCGACGCAACUCGCAACGCUAUCCUUAUGCAUUCACUUCUCAUCCUGUCUUCUCUCUCACCCUCAUGACGAUUCCUCACGCCCUGCGGUACCGCGCGCACGCGCAUUCUGCAUUCGCGCAGGGCCGCGGCGCACUUCCCACUGUUCUCACGCGCUAUCUGUCGCUUCCCAUAUUCCCGGACUCCCCGUCGCUCUUCACGAACGGACACAAUGUCGGACAUGUCACGCUCGGACUGGAUACUGCCUAUUUGCUCCCAUCCUCAUCUCACCUCCCGUCACGCAUCGCAUGUUUAUCUGACUCUCAUCAUGUUGCUCACGCUCUCAUCUGCACGUCUGUUUUCUUUCGCAUCCCACAUCAUGAUAUCCUUUCGCACACAUCUGGCCCUCGCCGGUCGACUUGGGGCCUCAAGUUGGGGCUUCUUGGAUCCGUUCUGCACUCUUCACCUUCAUCUUCCUCUUCACCACCUCCCGUCACCAUCGCAUCGCACGCAUUGCAUUGUCGUUGUAUCACAUAGGUUUCUUUGUUCACUCACGC